ACGAAACUUAGGGGGAGGAGGAAACACUGAAGAUGAAGAAGCAAAGCGAGAGCCCUGAAGAAUUUUGAAGCCUUCUUUUUUUUCUUUUUUUUUCUUUUUUUUUCAAUUUUCUCAUUUCCCCUCGACACGCUCACUACGCGAAGAAUUCAGUUCCUCUCUCUCCCAUCUUCUUUCUGGUUGAUUUUCUCGCAGCUUUACGUCUCCAUCACGGUCUCUGUUUACCAUUUCAUAUUUAUUUUUGUUUCUCUCUCUCUCUCUCUCUCUGUGAUCCGGAGAGGAGGACGAUUGGUGAAGCAAUUCAUUGAAGUUAUCAAAUCCGGAUCGACGAUUAUCAGGUAAUUUGUGAUAUGGCCGAGGAAAAAGCUGCCGCGGGAGAAGGCGAGAAGAAGGAUACUGUUGCGGAUGUAGCCGGGAAGAAGAAAUCCCAGGGGAUUUUCUCGCGGCUUUGGAAUGGUAUCUUCCGAGUACGUGGCGAUGAUUUUGAAAAGAGACUUCAACACAUUUCUAAGGAAGAAGCUGCUGUGCUUGCUAGGUUGAAGCGUAGAUCCCUAACCUGGCGGAGAAUGGCCAGAAAUCUUAUUAUAUUUUCUGUCAUUUUUGAGAUUAUUGCAGUCUGUUAUGCUAUCAUAACUACAAGAGCUGUAGAUAUGAACUGGAAGAUGAGGGCGUUUAGAGUUUUACCCAUGUUUCUUUUGCCUGCAUUAUCAACUCUGGCUUAUACGACAUUUCUUAGCUUCACAAGAAUGUGUGAUCGGAAGGACCAGAAAACUCUUGAAAGGCUGCGAGCUGAAAGGCAAGCUAAAAUUGAUGAACUUAAGGAAAAGACUAAUUAUUACAUUACUCAGCAGCUCAUCCAGAGAUAUGACCCUGACCCUGCGGCAAAGGCAGCCGCUGCAACUGUAUUGGCUUCCAAGUUGGGAGCAGAUUCAGGCUUAAAGGUUCAUUUGGGCGAUGAAUCAAAUCUUAAUGUUCCGUCAGGGAAGAGCAAUGACGUUGAAUUUGUACCACCUGGUGGUGGGCUUCGGAACAGAAAACAAGGUCACUCCCGUUCCAGUAGCGCGGGUAGUGGUUCGUUGCAUCAUCAUGAUGAAGCUGCACGACGAUCUGCAGUAUUUGAAGGUCGUCAGGCUUCUGAGGCUAAUCAGUUGGUUGUCGAUCAUUACAAUCCCCAAGGACCAGCUGUGAAUGAUGGAGGAUGGUUAGCUCGAAUCGCUGCAUUGCUUGUCGGAGAGGAUCCAAUGCAGUCUUAUGCACUCAUCUGUGGCAACUGCCAUAUGCACAAUGGACUUGUCAAGAGGGAAGAUUUCCCAUUCAUUACAUACUACUGCCCACAUUGUCAUGCCUUGAAUCGUUCCAAUCAAUUGGACGAACAAGUUUCAGGCAACAGUAGUCCCGGUUCUGACUCUGUUAGAGCAAAAAACACUAGCGACGCCACAAAUACUCCCAGAUCCGUUAUCGAUGGUGUACUCGCCAGCAAUCUUCACACAGAAACAAUCUCUGAGACUCAGGACACUGUCGAAGAGACAGAAUCUGAAAGCGUAGUUAGCGAAGAAGAAGAAAAGGUACGCAUUGCCAAAACGACAUAGCAUUAUAAUAAAUACAACACGGAACUAGAGUUUGAUCAUUGCUUGAACUUGUUAUCCUUUGUUCAUAUUGUGAGCAUUAUUGAGCAGCGCACUAUUUUCAUAGUUUGCUUCCUGCUUGGUGUUGAGGUGAGUAUCUUUUCCUUCUGCCUUUUUCCUCCUUAG